AUGAAAAAUCAACGAUAUAUUAUCGAUGCUGUCAUGAACGAUAUUUAUAAACAAAAUAAAAUAAUUGAUCAAGAUCAAUAUCUUCUCUAUAAUAGUAGUUUUGUUCCAUCACGUGAAACACCAUUGAGUUUAUUUCUAUCUAGUACGAUUACAAUCAUUGAAUUUAAUUUAAUCGAUCGAAAAUUACCAAUGAAUGUAACAGUGAUUAGUGAUGAACAAAAGAGUUCAUUACAAUUUCAAUGUGAAUCAUCGAUGUCUUUUGGUCGUGUUCAUGAAAUUGUUUAUCAAUUAUGGAAAUUAAACAAACAAUUUUAUAGUUUAACUCUCGACGAUGAUUGCAAUGUUGAUGAAGAAUAUUUAUUAAGUGAUGCCAGUGAAUCUACCAAUAAUAUACAAUUGAAAGUGAUUUCGACUGCUAAUAUCAAAUGUAUGAUAACCUAUCAAGAAGAAAACAUAAGGAUUUCAACCACAGAUGAAACACUUCUAUCGACGAUUUUGAAAGAAGCUUUAGAAAAACUCGUAAUUUCAUUAGAUGACAUGAAUAUGUUUGAAUUAUAUUUAAUGGAUGAUCCAGAAAGUCCAACCAAUGUUGAUCUGGAUUCAUCUAUCGCUAAUAUUAGCGAAGAUUUGCCAAAAGAAAUCAAGAUUAUACCAUUUCAAUUAAAAAAGAAAGAAGACUAA